AGUAGCUAACCUUUAAGUAGAAAUUCAAAAGCCAAAGUUGAAAGUGAAAUAUCGAGAAGAAAGGCCAGCCCGGCAAGUCCGGGUUAUAUAACAUUAUCCAAUGAAGCAAAGGUCCACCAAACAUGCGGCCGACGGAUCAUUUGGUGCUUGAGUCCGGCGGGAGGACGUUCUCCCAACAUCAGAAAGAAAAAGGUUAUGUGAAGAUACCAGGCGGACAAGGAAUAAUGGCAUUUUUAAAGCAGCUAGGGAGGAGAAAGGUUCUGAGCCAAGUCAACCAAGAAACGUCUGAGCUCAACAAGGUCCUGUCCACGCUAGACCUGGUCGCCUUGGGUGUGGGCUGUACAUUGGGCGUCGGCGUUUAUCUACUUCCCGGUUUGGUCGCGAAAGACAUAGCCGGACCUGGGGUUGUCUUGUCUUUUUUCUUCGCCGCCGUUAUAUCAGCACUCGCCGGACUGUGCUUUGCUGAAUUCGGGGCUCGAGUUCCUAAGGCCGGAUCGGCUUACAUCUACAGCUAUGUGACCAUAGGUGAAUUCGUUGCAUUCACAAUUGGAUGGAAUCUCAUAAUCGAAUAUAUAAUCGGGACAGCAUCUGUCGCUCGAGGGCUUAGCGAAUACAUGGACAAGAUGCUUGGCAAUCACAUGGCGGAGUUUUUCAAGCAGAUAUACUGUUUGGAAGGGUCGUCGUUUCUCUCCCCGUACUUCGACUUAUUCGCUUUCGGAAUAUCGGUAAUUGUCACGAUUGGGCUCGCGUUCGGCGUGAAAGAAUCGAUGGCGAUAAACAACCUAUUGACUUUCGUCAAUGUCUCCGUAGUCAUUUUUGUCAUCGUAAUCGGCGCUUUUCAAAUUGAUACAUCAAACUGGAAUCUGAAGUCUGCUGGUUUGCCCGAGACUGCAGGAACUGGAGGAUUCCUUCCUUUCGGCAUGAUGGGCGUUAUAAAAGGAGCGGCUACGUGCUUCUACGGUUAUGUCGGUUUCGAUGUCAUUGCAACUUCUGGAGAAGAAGUCAAAAAUCCUCGCAGGUCGAUUCCUUUGGGCAUCAUUUUUUCACUGUUGAUUGUGUUUAUUGCAUAUUUUGGUUUGUCCGCUGUGCUGACUCUCAUGUGGCCGUAUUAUCUUCAGGACACAGAAGCUCCGAUUCCGUUCGCCUUUACCAGCCUCGGCAUGAGCUGGGCAGCAUGGAUAGUCGCGGUCGGUGGUGUCUUCGGCCUUCUCGCAAGCUUGUUUUCCGGCAUGUUUCCCCUACCCAGGGUGAUUUACGCGAUGGCCCAGGACGGCCUUCUGUUCAGCUGGUUGGGCAAAGUCCACUCGAAGUACAAGACACCGUUCGUCGGGACUUUAGUAGCAGGCGUGCUCACUGGCUUGAUGGGUGCUGUUUUUGAACUGAAACACUUAGUCGAUCUCAUGUCUAUCGGGACGCUCCUCGCCUACACCAUCGUAGCCGGAUGCAUCCUUCUUCUAAGGUACCGUGAACCUGAGCAGACGGUCGAAGACAACUUCAGUGAAAGUUUUUCUGAAGGCACAUGUCUGAUUUCAAGAAAAACCAAAGUAACACGUCCAGACAUUUUCUUACAGUACUUCAAUCACCAUGGGCUCCAAAGACCGACAGGAAUAACAUCAGCAAUCGUCGUUCUCAAUACGACAGUUUUUUCCGUUCUGAGCAUUGUCCUGUCUUAUAUUUUGGUUUACCAUGAAUCCGACUUGAUCGACUCGCAGAUUGGACCGUUGGUGUGUUGCUGUGUUGUAGUUUUUAUAAUGGCCAUCACACUCGUCAGCACUUGCCUUCAACCAUCUGACACAGCGACGCUUCAUUUUAAGGCACCGUUCGUACCACUGCUGCCAGCUUUGAGCAUUUUGUUAAACGUUUAUCUGAUGAUGUUAAUGGACGUCGACACCUGGCUCCGAUAUUUGGUCUGGAUGGCGAUAGGAUAUGCUAUCUAUUUAUCGUACGGUGUAACCCACAGCGAAGAGAGAAAAAAGGCUCUCGGGUACAAUACGAUCGAGGGAGAGGACCACUCCGAAUAAAAACAAUUUUCUGAAUGAAUGAAAAUGUUGUGCAAAGAAAACGUUCUAGUCUUGCACAUGGAAAAGCAAUGUGCAUCAAUUUUACCAUGAUCGUCGAUUGCUUUUAAUUUAUUAUAAUAAUUAUAUUAUUUUUUAUUAUCUGUUGAAAUAUAGUU